GUAAUAUUUCUUAGAAUAAAGGGCAACUGCAGCAUCCUUGUAUUUAGGAAUUGAUGCUAUCUUUCCCUUGUUCACAUAUGGGUUUAUUUCUGUCUGUCUUCUCUGGACUCUAAUCUUUAAAUUUUUUUUUAUACCAAUCUGUAAAAGUAGGACUAGUUCAAGUACUGCUUUUUUACUUUUCAUGGGUUUGUUGCCAUACUGAUUUUCCCUUCCGGCACCUUGUUAAUCAUUGACAGCAUUUUCUUCCUUGGUGGAUGGAAGGAGUCAGGAGAUGUCAACUAAAGAGUUGUCAGGUGGAGCCAGGAUUCACUACAUUUUCCAGUCAAUUUUUGUAAAGAGCUUGGAGGAAGUGGACCCUUGUGACGAUCUAUCUGAUGAUGAUAUCCGAACGGCUAUUCAAAAUGCCACUGGUCUUAGAAAUACUUUAUUUGUGCCAGAAGUUCCGUUUGAAGUUUUGAUUAGAAGACAAAUUGCUCGGUUGUUAGAUCCUAGUCUUCAGUGUCUCAGAUUUGUUUAUGAUGAACUGGUGAAGAUGAGCCGUGCUUGUGAGGCAACUGAGUUGCAAAGGUUUCCCUUCUUAAGAAGGCGUAUGGAUGAAGUCAUGGGAAAGUUUUUGCGUGAUGGCGUAAAGCCUGCUGAGAGAAUGAUAGUGAAUCUUAUUGAGAUGGAGAUGGAUUAUAUAAAUUCUUCAAAUCCAAAUUUCUUAGGCGGGAGCAAAGCUGUUGAGAUUGCUAUGCAGCAGCUGAGAUCAUCGCAGCCAUGGAGACUGAAGUGCCCAAAGUACCAGCCAAGAAGAAAGAACCUAGCAAAAGGGCUGCUGCAGCGACAAAGAAGAGAGGUGCAGCGAAUAAGCAGCAGCCUCAGACAUUGGCCCAGAAGCUUUGAACUGACAUGUUAAAGCCUGCUGAAAAUUCCAGGAUUUCACCGGAGAAGAAAGUGAGAAAGAUGAGGGCAUCUCCAUUCAACAAGAAAAGUGGUUCUGUGUUGGGAAGGGUUGGUAAGGUAAAUGAAGUGACUGAAAAUGAAGAAAAUUCGGGUUCUGCUUCUACUUCUGCCAGUAGUGAAGAAACUAUUGAAGUUGCACCAGCAAGAGCAACACCUCAAAGGGUGAACCAAGUUAGAAAACAAGGUAUGUGUUGAGUGACUCUGAAAGUGAACAUGCCACUGAGGAUUCUGAAUUUGAUGAAGUGACUGAUGAAAGUGAAAACAAGGCAGAGAAGAAGCUAGCAAUCACAGUCUUCAGUUUCCCUCCUGACAAAGGAAAUGUUGGAACAGCAGCCUACCUUAAUGUCUUUUCAUCCAUCUACUCAGUUCUAAAAGAGUAGAGGGUAAGAUGGACUUCGAAUUCGUGUCCAAUUUGUACCUUUGCUAUCAAUGUUGGCCAAAAUGGUUUCUUCUUGUUUUGUUCCAGCCACCAUCAAUAGUUACAGAUGAGGUCUGCACUGCAUGUGAACCAAGUUAGAAAACAAGAAAGAGUAUGACAGAAUAUGAUCCGCGUCUUGUGGCUCCAACCUGCUUGUACCUGGCAUCAAAAGCAGCAGAAAGCACAGUGCAGGCCAGGCUUCUUGUAUUUUACCUUAAAAAAUUAUAUGCUGAUGAAAAGUAUGACUCAAUUAACUUGGUGCUAUGGGCCAGGUAGUUGCCCAUCAAAGAGGGUCGCAUGGGCUAGAGAAUUGAUAGACGAAGAAGCAGAACAGUUCCUCAUGCCUCGUUUCAUUGACCCAGAUUCAGAAAGACCUUGGCUUGCCCAAAGAAUGGCCUUGAGGAUACCAUAUUCUGCGUAAAGUUAAUGGAAGGAGACCUGCUUAUGCUUCCCAGCAACUAAUAUAAGACUUGCAUAAUACGUUUUAUUUUUAAGUCUUUGAUUGGUCAAGUUAUGAGAGAAUAGCAUGGUGCCUUUUGAUGUAUGAACUUCCGCUAUAGAUUGUUUGGCUUAUAUUUUGUGAACUUGUCCGAUCAACUUGUGUUAAGAUUCUUUCAAAUAGUGUUUCAAAAGGGACAGU